AUUCACAAGGAAUUAAUUUAUGUUCUGCAAUAUUACUGAUUUAUAAAUUCCCGAAUAUAAUGCCCUGGGUAAUAAAUAUUCAGCUACAGACGUACCGCGGGAAAUCCCCUUCUUUUAAAAAUUACAACAAAUAGCAACGAGCGGGCCUAGACUAUGUGUAUGUAUGCUGGAGCACUUUUUUGUAGUACUGUAUCUGAUUUGUAAAAUUAUGUUAGUAAGGAGCAGUAGGACUAAAGCCACGCAAACAAAUAUUUAAAAGGAUGAGUAAGCAGGGAUCAUUUUCAGUACCCUCUACACCGACUCAUGAAAGGGGGCGUGUACCGCCAGGAGCGAUCGCUGUCAAUAUGAAGUGGAGAGACUCACAGCUAGUGAAAUCCUUAUCAGGCAAGGUUAGGAUAGUCUAUGACAAUCAACUGGAAGUAGUGGAUUUCCAUCCAGCUAAUGACACUGCUGUUAUUUACAUAUCGGAGCAAGAUAUGGUUGCCGGCACGAGCCACAAAAAGAGAAUUGUGAAACUCAGAAAGGUGGCGUCAAUGAAAGGUGUAGUGCUUGCUGAGAAAACGGACAUGAGUCAGCAAUAUUGCCAGAGCUUGCAGAGGUUUGUUGUUCUAGAACUUGGGCUUGUUUUACUCUUUGUUACAUCACCAACUGAGGCAGCUGAUCUGUUAAUUGAAAUGUGGUGGAUUCGAAAUAGAAUGGGCCAGGUUUUAGAAGAAAGCAAACCAUUUUCAAACCCAUUUCGCAUUAAAAGGAAAAUACAACCGAUCGAUGGUUCAGUACUUUCUGCAACAAAGCUGAUACCAAGACUUGGAAGUGUGAAAGCAAAAGCAUUACUCAUCAAAUUUGGAAGCAUAAAAGAAUUAUCAAAAGCAUCUACUCAAGAUAUUGCUGAAGUUGUAGGACAAUCGACUGCUAUGCAUAUCUAUGAAUUCUUAAACAAAUAGGAUGAAGUCAGGAAAUGAAAACAAGAAUAUAUUUUAUCUACCGUUUAUAAUAAUGUUUUUGGCAUUGUAUAAUGUGGAUAGUUUGAUGGAGUUUUUUGAUGACAUGAAGUAGUAAAAAAAAUAUUAUUAUUGUACUUCCAUGUUACUAAUGUAUUACAGUUAUAUAUUAUAUAGUCUUGUAUAAAAUAAUGAAAUUGUGUCAUUGGCCUGUCUUUGUUCCUUCUCACCUCUGUUACCAUGCACUGACAAUUAAUUUAUGAACGAUCAUAUCAAUUUGGUUUUAGGGAAUGGGGUGGGGAUGAUGAUGAUGGUGAUAAUGA